UUUCACAAAAAUGACGACUAGCAGUAGACGUGAUGAUGAUCUAACUAAUAUUAUGUUAUCCACAGUGAUAAUCGAAAGAAAUAACAGUAGUGAUAAUAUAGCAGAUCUUGCUGAUGUGAUGAAAAAAUGUUUGGCAAAAGCAGGUCUUUCUUUUUGUGGAAAAGAAUCAAAGAAAAUUCAUGUUUCCAUCUUUAAAAGUGUAUUUGUUGGAAAGAGCCAAGCUGAAAGUGGUUUCUCGGGCCAGGAUUACUUUUCAUUGAUAAAAAAUGAGCAGCUUGGUUGGAUUUUACUUCUAAAUGAAUCACUGGAAUACCUGAACAUGUCUAUUGCCAACACAUUUUUAGAAAAGUUAACAGUAUUUCUACAACAAAACCAGCUUGAAGGUUGUGUUGAUAAAGGUCAUGUUAAACUAAACUUGGCAGCACUGAGCUUAUUCCACAAAAUAAUGUUUGAUUUAAUUUCAACAAAUGCAGAAAAUUUACAAAAGCAUAAAGAUAAAACUUCACUCUUCUACAUUAAACAAAGGGAAACAUUUAUCAAGGAGACCAACACAUUAGCAAGCCAUGUCAAGCUAUGUUUAACGUCUUUAUUGAGAACUCUAGACUCAAGCCAGAAUCUUCAACUGAUUGUUGAUGAUGUCUCUUUAUUUAAACAAACUAUUCAUGUCAUAGCUUUAUUCCUAAUUGUUAUGAAUCCAUUUACAAAUUCAGAAGAAAAGUCAAGAAUUUUACAAGACAUGUAUAAUGGAAGAGAAUCCUUUCAGGUUUCUUACAGAAAUAAAAACCUUAACAAUAAGCAGGAAAACAAACCUAAAAUGACUGUUUGUCUAGACAAACUAUUCAAACAUCUUAAUGAUCCCAGUGAUUCAACAGUAAACAGUGAUUGUGUGAAAUGUGAUCACUUUCAAACGCUAAUAGACUCUACUCUAUAUUUUAGGUCAGCCACAUUAUACAGCUGUUUACUAAAUGUCUUCUGUCUGGACAAACAAGAAGCUAGACAUGAAUUUUAUAAGCUUUUUUCAAAAAUGUUAAGAGACAAAGAAAACAGCAAUUUUGGCCUGCAUGUGGUUGAUGGAUACAAGUUAAAUUCCACUCUAAUCGAGCUGUUGCAGUCUUUUAGUGAUAAAUCGGCUUUCCAGUGCCCUUGUUAUUUGUUUGACCAAGAUCAGCUAGAGAGUUUAAAGAGUACAGUAUUCCAGUUUCCAGAUUUAGAGUGUCUCCAGAUGACCGACAUUGAACUGCUGUUGCACUCUGGUAGAAACCUUAGUGGAAAGAAUGAUCUUGAAUUGUUGAAAUCAGCUGUUGUGAAUAGAGAAAUAGGGUGGAGAGAGUUAUUAGGUGUUGGCUUGAAGAACAGCUGCAUUUCUGAAUGGUGGGAUAAAGGAUUUUAUGAUUUAGUUUGGGAUAAUGAGGCAACAUUGUGCACAGAGUCAAAUGCCCAACACAUGCUUAAUGUUGUAUGUUUUGCAUGUAAAAAUCAUGUUGAGAAAGACAAAGUCACAAAACUAAAUAGGUUGUUUACUAUAAUGUUCAGACGUCUGCCUGUGCCACUUCAAGAGCAGGUCAUUUUAUCUUACCUUUGUGGAAGUUCAUUGAUAAAUCAAACUGAAGCCUAUAAUUCAAAAAGUCUGUGCAACACACUAAAGAUUUUAAGUGAACAGGAAAUAAUUAAUCAGCUAACUCCAGUGUUAAACAAACUCACCAUGACCAGCAUAACAGCAAUGAUGCCUCACAUUCUACAACUGUGUCUGUAUGACCUGGACACUGUCAUUAAACAAAGCAUUCAUGUAGCAGUGGAAAACAUGGCUCAGGUCACAAUUAUUGUUGAAGUUCUUAGCCAGAUGUCCAAUAUUUGUAAUAUCAUUCAUUCUGAAAACAACCUUCCCUGGCUAGUGAGCUGCCUACUUGAUGUAUUGAAUAAGUGUGAACUAAAUGAAAAUAGAUCAAGAAACAUUGUACAAUUCUUAUCUUUAAUUUGCAAGAGGUCCAGUGUAUUGAUAGAUCCAACAUUACAUUUGUCUCUGGAAGUAAGAAGUCUUGUAUCAUCAGAUGUAGUGUUGAAGCACAUAAUUUUGCCAAGCCUUUACUUUGAGAUGAACAGUGAUAAAGAAAAUGAGAGAAUAGAUAUUGUGCUGGAUAGAUCAAAGAAUAAGGAAGGAGCAAGCCUUGGUUGUCUACUUACACCAGAGAUUUCUCUAAAAAUACUAUCAGCAUUAUUAGAUAAUAUAAAAGAAUUAGAGUUGAUGGUGCUACAUCCAUUUCCACUGCUACUCGUUCUGGCUAAUCUGUAUGCUCAAAACUACGUAAUUAUUGUUGGUGGGGAAUUGGAUAAGAAAAGGUUGUCGAUAAGGAAAGAAUGUCAACAGUGUCUGUGUCAUCUUACAACUGCAAUAAUCAAAUUUUCAUCUAAGUUUUCUGAAGCUAGUUUUUACUGGCUCAAACAACAGGCAUUGAAAUUUGGCCUGCUUCAUGUUUCUAUUCUUAGACCUGUAUUAGAUCUCUUCUGUGAUUUAGAGGUACCAUCUCUUCUGUUGUCUCUUACAAGUCAGCAUCUCUCAAGUGGUAAAAAUGAAAUAAGGAUCUUGAUGUUGUUGACACAGCUGGCACUCAUCAAUGAUGAAAUGCACUUGGAAGUAAAACAGCUGAUGAUUCACACAAAAUUAUCAGCCAGUCAUGACAAUUUAAUGAUACUGAUUUAUCAUAUUUUGCAAUCAUCACUAGUGUCUGAGAUGCCUCGCCUUGUUGAUAUCAUCAUAGUGCUUCUAGGAUUCCUAGAACUUCACUUGUCUUCUGAUCUAAAGUUCUCCUUUGUAACAGAUACUAAUUUAGAUAAAGAAACUCUUUUGUUGAUUGAAGCAAGCCAGUUAUUGACAAAUGCAACUCUGUUACUUUGUGACAGUAGUGUGAAUGAGGCUACACUUGGUGUUGUUGUGUCCAAUUACCAAACAGCAUCACAGGUAAUAGUCAACAAAAGUGUAAAGGAUGUUGAAUUACUAUGGAGUGUGCUUUGUCAUCACUGUGAACUGUUGUCACAAAUUGAAGGACAAGCUGCGCAGAUUCUCCAGGUUUCUUGUAUGGAUAUUCUAACACGUCUCUCAAAUAGGACUGAUACUAAAAAAGUUGGGACAGAGUUCUCAUGGAAGGGAAGUGAAAAGCUAUCAGUUGCAGACUUCAUAUGCUGCAUCAAAGAAAAUGGUAUACAGAAAGCUCUUCUGAAACAAUGCCAGUCAUGUAGUUUUUAGGUAUGUGUGUGCCUAUGAAAAGUUAAUGUAGAAAUAUUUAAAAAACAUGUAUUGUUAGACUAUUUCUGAUUUGGCCAAAGUUAUUGGCUGUUUAGUUCAGUAUUUACUUUUUGUUUAGCUUUUCGAUGUGAUCAGCUUUUUUCAAACAUUUUCCAGCACUUGUUAUAUUGUUUACUAAACACUGUUGCUGUCUAAUUUGAUUUCAAAAUUAAAAAAUGGAUUAGAAAUUUUAGAACUUCCUUUUUAACACAUUAGGUAAAUAUUUAAACCUUAAAAAUGAACAUAUCUCUGACUUUUGUCAAAAGCAAUGUAUUACUUCUUUAGUUACAAAAUUUACAUAACAUUGCAAAACUUUAAACUUCUGUAGAAUUAUCUCCUACCAUAUUUAUGCUGCAAAAACCACAUAGGGGAACAGUCUAUAAUUACUCUGAGAAGUUUUAAUAUCUAUAAUUUAAAUGGCCAGAUGUGUCAUUCUGUCAGUCCUAAGUGUGGCAACCUUAUCUUUAUUGACAUUUUGGUGUAUGGCAAGCAUUUCAUGGAUGGGGGAAGUCUCUCCCUGGGCGCGGAAACCCAGGAAAACUAUUGUUCAUCAGCAGUUCAAAUUACACCCUAGGUAAGGGGA